AUGUCAGUUCGCGGACAACUUGGAAGGAAGUUUCGCCUUGAACAAAUAAGAGCCUAUGCCAGCGGAGUCGUGCGGCUAAAACCUGCAAAGGAACUAGGCCACAGCUCCUCGAUCUUCCUGAAGAGCUCCUCAUUCUCAUUCUCGUAUAUAUGGACCUCGAACACCCUGGUUGAAAAGAUACGAUGGCGUCCCUCCGAUGAAUACUAUACCAAAGCUCGCAAAUUCGAGACCCAGGUUUUAUCGACGUUCGAAGUACGGGGACUAUCACCCCUUGCUAGGGAUACCUUCUGCAAACGGAACACUUUUGAUUAUUCCAGUCCGAAACGCUUUCAUCUUUUCCUGCAAGCGACGACAAAACUGGCGUCCGGCGAGGAGCUGGAAGCCAACAACACGUUUAUUCGGCGCGUCGUCGUCUGGUUGAAGCCCUCGGACGUGCCUCUAAUCAGACACUGCUGGCACGAUUUGAGCACGUAUAGAAAUCUGAAGAGCUUGGUAUUCGUAUCCAAGUCCUCCUUCCCGUACUUCAGUGUACCGCACAAUCGGCUGCAAGGAAAUAUAUUCCUGGAAGCACUCGCUGACUUGGCUCGAGCUCGGUAUGCGGAGGGUGCCAUGAGGCUGCAAGAUCAUCUCCUGGUAUACUGCGAGGAGUUCCUGAGACGGCCAGGUAGAGUGCAGAACCCGGAGAAAGUGCUCCGAUUCAGCUUGAACGAGGAGGAUAUGUUUUUGCGGCUGGACUUGGAAGAGUUCAAGACCAGCCGUACGAUACAGAGCCUUCGGGACCAGAUAUCUGAUGUAUACGAGAGGUUUGAACAUGGGAUGAUGGAGUUGCUUUGGCGAUGA